CUACAUUUUCACCAGCAAGCAUGUCAGAUUACGGGUAUGGUGGUGGUGGCUAUGGUGGACCCCCUGGAUACCCGGGUGGACCUCCUCCACCCCCGGGCUCAUGGACUCCGCCAAACAGAGGUUACGGACCCGGCAGAGGUUACUAUCCUCGACCAGGGCCUCCUCAGUACGGAUAUGGGAGUCCACCGGGACCCUACCCCCCACCCCCUGGGUAUUCAGGAGGGUGCCCCCCUUCCCCCACUAGCCUUUGGAAACCACCAAACAGAGGUUACGGACCAGACAGAGGCUACUAUGGCGGCCCUCCAGGCCCUCCUCAGUACGGAUAUGAGUGUCCAACGGGACCCUACCCCCAACCCCCUGGGUAUUCAGGAGGGUGCCCCCCUCCACCCCCUGGCCCUUGGAUACCACCCAACAGAGGUUACGACUGGUACCAAUGGGAGCGUCCGUCUCAUUGCAGAGGAGAAUUCCAUUGGAUCCACUGUGAGCCGGGCCAGAUACCAUAUCACGCUGUACAUGCAGGAAGAGACAAGGAUGGAGGUCCCCUGUACGCUGGUAGAGCUUACUACGAAGGAGAUUUGCUUCCAGCCAAGAUCGCACCUUCUCAUCACAAGGCUUACGUGCCUUGGGGAGGCAAGGAACACGUAGUGCAUCAGUUUGAGGUGCUGAUCAGCCAUCACGCUGCAUGGGAGGAAGAUCGUGACGGAAGAGUUCCACCCGCGGCAAUGGUCAUUGGACAAACUGUGGAUGGAGAAAACUUGUACAUGGGUAGAACAAUGCAUGAUGGGACACUCACUCCUGGGAAGAUCCAACCAAGUCACAGAUGCCUGUACAUACCAUACGGAGGCCAUGAGAUCAAAUAUCAUGCCUACGAAGUUCUGAUAUUGAACUAACGAUGAAACAGAAUUGAGAUUCAAAGAAUUAACAUCGAUUUUAACUAAAUUAUUAAUAUUGAUAUUUUUAUUGCAUUUUGUUUUCAAUUGUUCAAAUAAUUACCACUACGGAUUUAAGUGAAUUAUAUACAUAAAUAAUUUGGAAUUAUCUUGGUUAAAUG